AUGUCUGAUCCAAACCCACGUGUCAAAGAAACCCCACAGAACCCGAACCCUAGGAAGAGGGCAUCUCUGGCAUGCAAUGGAUGCAGAGUCAAGAGGACAAAGGCCCGAGUCGCUAGCUUGGAGAAGCAGCUCGCUAUGCUGGCUAACAAACAUCCGGAGUCACCAGAGUCCAUCGAUAAUUGUGGUCCCAAUGACGAUGAAGCGGCGCCAGCCACCACGGACCCAUCGCAGAGCCCUGCACUCGUUGAGUCAACGGGUGAUGUGAUGGAUGAAUUGGCCAAUUCACUUGGAUGUUUCACUCUUGGUGAGACUGGAGAGUUGCGCUAUUUUGGCGCGUCCAGUAACUUUUCCCUCAUUCAGAACCACUCCAUCAAGAUCCCUUCAUCACUUAAGGCGCGUAACCGAGGUAUUGAAGCAGCACGGGCAAUGCCCGGUUACUUUGAACCGUCGGAUGAGCUCCGUGAUGAACUACUUACUUUGUAUUGGAGGUGGCAGAACUCUUGGCAGUACAUCGUCCCCAGAGAACUGUUUGUUAGGGACUUGUAUGUGGAUCAUGUUGAUCGAUACUGCACGCCACUUCUUCUCUUUUCCAUGCUGGCGUUUUCUUCCAGGUACUCUCGAAGACUGGAGCUUAGAACUGACCCCAAUGACGCCAACACAGCUGGAGAAGCAUUUGCUGCUCAAGCUAGAACCAUGCUCCACCAUGAGUAUGAGGCCCCGACCACUACGACGGUUCAAGCUGCAGCUCUACUCGGUCUUUACUGGGCUUGCAUCGACAACGAAGGUCUGGGGUUCAUGUAUAUUGGAAUGGCGUCGAGGAUGGCUAUGAACCUGGGACUCCACUGUGAUUGUUCAUCGUAUGCAGUCAAGAGCAUGAUCACUGAAGAUGAUGUGGAAGCACGGACAGUUACGUUCUGGGGAAUCUACAUCCUUGACAAGCUCUAUUGUCUUGGAAUGGGGAGACCCGCCAGUAUCCAGGAAUACAACAUCACGACAACCAAACCGAAGGGACUGGUACCAGACAGCCCAUUACUCACAGAGGCCCAACUACGGUCAUCGACUCCUUGGCCUACUCCUCACAUCAACGAAAACGCAAUGUAUACUUGCGAUUUACUGAUGAUCACCUCUGAAGUCAUUGACCAGUUGUACGCUCAGAGAUAUGCAUGGACGGAUAAGGAACGUGAAGAUCGAGUGAUGAAGGCCCACCUGGAAGCUGUGGGAUUGUUUGAUCGACUGCCCAAAAGCUUGAAGAUCUCCAACUCGAGUCUGCAGUGCUCUCCUCCCUAUGUCUACCAAUUUCAUAUACAAUACCACCACACUAUCCUGCUUCUUCAUCGACCUUUCUUCCAACUUCUCAAUCCUGGGAAGAACUCCAUCUUCUAUGACCCUGAAGGUGGUGAUAUCCACUCCAAGUCAGUCAAAGACUCGGCAGUCAGAAUAGCCAGAAUUUUACAAAUCUUCAUAAAGAACUACACAAUAGAACGUGUGCCCAUCUCAGCAGUGCACCCAGCAUUCACAGCCUCCAUCAUCCAUCUCCUCCACAUCAAGUCCUCGGGAGACGUCGGAAGAAGCGAGGCCAUGAGAUGUCUUACUACGUGCAUCGUAGCACUGUAUGGUAUUAACGUCAGUUGGAAUUGGGCGAAUCGGUCAAUCCGGGCUAUUCAGUCACUUGCUCUCGAGUGGGAGAUUGACAUUUGGGCACAUGGCUUGGCGGAUGAGAUUCCCGAGGAGAGUCGGUUGCAGUUUGAGAGAUAUGAGAUGGAUGAUGUGCCAGUAGUUGCUCAGGCUCAUAUUGGGGCAACGGAAGGGAUUUCUCUUGAUGAUAUCUUUGAGUCAUGGGAGUAUGGGCAGGUCUUUGAUGAAUCUUCGCUUGGCUUCUUUCAUUGA